CUGUCUGCAAGUACCUUCAUGUUGUUCCGUCGACAACGAUGAACUUUCAGACCCGUUUUUAACACACACAAGGAUAAAAAAUAAAACAGUGAAGUAGGAUUUAAUUUAUGACUCUUUUGUGUGGAAAUCUGGGAUAAUGGGCAUACUGGAAAAGGUGGGCUGGAAUGAUUGGGAACACGAAUCCUACCCAAGCUAUGGAGAUCUCGCAUUGCUUCCGCUGUUCGUCCUGUUCUUCCCCACUAUCAGAUUCCUGCUUGAUAGGUUCUUGUUUGAGAGUAUUGCGAGACGUUUCAUAUUUUCCAAGGGACAGCAGGUGGUAGAGAAUGAGACUGACGAGCGGAGGAAAAAAAUAAAGAAAUUCAAGGAAUCUGCAUGGAAAUUUCUGUAUUAUCUUUCAGCUGAAGUAUUUGCAGUUGCUGUUACCUAUAACGAGCCUUGGUUCACCAAAACAAAAUGUUUCUGGGUUGGGCCUGGGGAUCAGGUGUGGCCUGACCAGAAAUACAAGUCAAAGUUGAAGGCUCUUUAUAUGUAUGCUGGUGGGUUCUACACAUAUUCCAUAUUUGCUCUUAUAUUUUGGGAAACAAGGCGCUCUGACUUUGGUGUUUCAAUGAGCCACCACAUUGCUACCGCCGUUCUCAUUGUAUUGUCAUAUAUAUUCAGGUUUGCACGUGUUGGUUCGGUUGUUCUAGCCAUUCAUGAUGGUAGUGACAUACUUUUGGAAAUAGCAAAAAUGUCAAAAUAUAGCGGUGCCGAAGCUCUUGCGAGCUUUUCAUUCGUUCUUUUUGUCUUGUCUUGGGUCCUUCUCCGCCUCAUAUACUUCCCUUUUUGGAUUUUAUGGAGUACAAGCUAUGAAGUUGUACAGACUUUGGAUAAGGAUAAACACAAAGUGGAAGGACCAAUAUAUUACUACAUCUUCAAUUCUCUUCUGUUUUGCUUGCUUGUUCUUCAUAUAUAUUGGUGGGUCCUGAUGUAUAGGAUGCUUGUUAAACAAAUCCAGUCAAGGGGUCAACUCAGUGACGAUGUUCGAUCUGAUUCUGAGGAAGAAAAUGAACACGAAGAUUGAUCCUUUCAGAAGGGUUUCCCCUGUCAUCCACGUGGAGAUAAUUGGAGUUGCAGAUAUGGAACUUGAGAGCGGCCGCUUACCCCCCUUCGUACAACGUACCAAAACAAGCACAACAGCUAUGUGUGUGUGUGUGUGUAUCAAUCUAUAUUCAUAUGAUGCAUUUGCAUGAAACAGGUGGCAUGAAGAGUUCCAUGAAUCCUUCUCUUUUGCAAUGAAGACCAACCGUAGAUUCGCGUAAUAUUUUUCAAGUCAGGAAACACGAAAGUAGGUCCUAGUUAGGUACGGUUGCAAAUUGAAGAUACAUUGUAACUGAACAUAAUGUUUCCCUCAUUAUAUUUUUGGUUUUGCCACAAAUGAGUCUUUCCAAACCCUAUUAAUUUCACAGGAAUGUCUAAGGCUUGACUCGGUUGGGUUACAGUUUGGUUCUUGACCGGCCCGUUCCAAGUUAGGGUAGCGGUAGAACUGGAACAUUAAACAACCGGAACUUUAAUCAGGUAAACAGGUUAAGGUUCCCGUUUGAACCGAAGAAUGAGUGUCGCUUCAGUUCCUUUACCCCAACCUGUUCUGAUCCAGUCCGAUUAUGGAUCUGGAACCGUGUCCCGCCCAGGGACGGAUCCAAGAUUUUGAGUCAAGGGGGGCGAAAUUUUUUUCAUUACUGUAGGGGGUAAAAAUUUUCCGCUUGUGUAGCAGGGUGAAUUUUUUUUCUCCAGUGUAGCGUGACGAAUUUUUCCGCUAAUGUAUGACUCUGCGACUAGUUUUUGUUCAAAAAUAUUCAUGAGUAAAAACACGAUGACGUUUAAAUCUAUUAUACUCUAUUUUAG